AUGCAUGGGGACCGGAAGCCACGGGCCUCAGAGGGGACGACGGGAGAGACAGAGAAGACUGAGGAGGGCGAUGGGCAGAUCCCGGACACCAAGGGUGGAGUGGUCAGAGGAUGCACGGCCCGGAAGAUCCGUGUGUACGAGACCGCGAUGGAGAUGAAAGCUGUAAGAAAAGAUGCCGCCAAAGGCGACACUGGUAUCGAUGACGACGGGCGACCCAGAACAAGAGAUCUUCCAGAGGGAGUGGACAUCACAGAAGAACUGCUGGACCUCGAGGAGUCCGUAGAAGCCCAAAGAGAACGUCCCUGCUGUGUGUAUCGCCCCAAAGAGCCCCGCGACGAGCCAGGAGGCGGCCGCCAUCAUCCCACAGGCCCUUCGGUCCAUGAUGAGCCCGGGUCGCUGACGUUCGAGGACGUGGCCGUGACCUUCAGCCCCGAGGAGUGGACGAAACUGGGGCCCGCCGAGCGCCACCUCUACUGGGACGUGACUCUGGAGAACUACCAGAACCUCCUCUCCCUCGAUUGUAAAACCCCAACCGAAACCAGCGAGCCCAUUGCCCGGAAGCCGGAGGGGGACAGGGAAGCCGUUUUCCAGAAACCGGAGGGGAACAGGGAAGCCGUUUUUUCCCACGGGAUGGUCUCCGGGAAGCUCUCCCAGACCACCCCUGGGCCUUCCAAUUCCUCCCUGGGGUCUCACAGCUGUAAGGAAUGUGGAAAAGCGUUCAGUCGACACUCCAUCCUUGUUACACACCAGAGAAUCCACACCAGAGAAAAACCCUACAGGUGUCACCAGAGCGAGAAGGCCUUCAGCGACCACUCGGUGCUUAUGACCCACCGGCGGAUUCACACCGGGGAGAAACCCUACCGAUGCAGCGAGUGCGGGAAGGUCUUCCUGACGAAACACCGGAGGAUCCACAAACGCUGCGGCCACUGCAGCAGGCCCUUCCGGGAUUCCUCGACCCUCAUCAAGCACCAGCGGAUCCACACAGGAGAGAAGCCGUAUGGGUGCAGCGAGUGCGGGAAGGCCUUCAGGCAACGCUCCAUCCUCAUCAACCACCAGAGGAUUCACACCGGGGCCAGGCCCUACGGGUGUGACCGAUGUGGGAAAGCCUUCGGCGAUCGCUCGAUGCUCAUCAACCAUCAGAGGAUUCACACCGGAGAGAAGCCCUACGGAUGUAACGAGUGCAGAAAGGUCUUCAGUCAGAACUCGGCCCGGACGAGGCACCAGAGGAUCCACGGGGGAGAGAGACUCUAUCGCUGCGGCCGCUGUAGGAAGGCCUUCAGUGACCACUCCGUCCUGGCGACGCAUCAGAAGAUUCACACUGGGGAGAGGCCUUACAGGUGCGACGGCUGCGGGAAGGCUUUCGGGGACUCUUCGACCCUCAUUAAACAACAGAGAAUCCACACUGGGGAGAAACCCUACACAUGCGACGACUGCGGAAAAGGCUUUAGUCAGGGCUCGGACCUGGUGAACCACUGGAGAAUUCACACCGGAGAGAAACCUUACAUAUGUGCCGAAUGCGGGAAGGCUUUUGGUCAAGGGUCAACCCUCAUUAACCACCAGAAGGUUCACAACGGAGCGAAAGUCCACAGACGGAACGGGUGUGGAAAGGCUUUCGGCCAAACCUCGGCCGUGGUCGGUCCCCGGAGAACUCAUGCGGAAGAAAAAUCCCCCGUAUAGUAGUUCUCAGUCCUUAAGGAAGGC